UGCUUUGAAACACAAUGCAAAUCAUGGCCUUCAGCAUCCUUAUCAGCAAGCAGAGCAGCUCAUUGCAGAAGUUAUAAUGUAUUCCAAUCUAACUAACUGGGCAUAUUUAUUUAGAUACAGGAAAUGGGAAAAGCAAACAAUGCUGUCCUUUGCAAUGGAACUCUAUCCCUCCUGCAGCGCUGCAACGUCAGCCUUCUCAGAACUAUUCUUCCACGAAGCCGAAAGGCCCAUGCGAGUCCCUCAUUUUCCCCUCCGCCGCUGCCGUCCCAGCUGACUCGCAGCCCCGCCGAGCUCCCACCGAAGGUGCCACGGUGGCCCUGCACCCCGCGUCCCCGUGAGCCCCGGCAUCGGCCGCUCUCCGCGGCACCGACCCCUCCAGCACCUGCACGGAGCCUCCCGGCCCUGCAGCCAGACCCCGCCGCAGCUGCUUUUCUCGUGUCUCGACCCUCUUCAAGGCCAGCAGUGCUUCCAUGACACCGGCUGGGCAACUUUUCCCCUCACGCCUUCCCGCCCUUUCCUAGAGGAGAUUCUUCACGGGGAAAGCGCUGCUGGGCCGGCGGGGCAGGAUAACCGGGGCCGGGGCGCCCAGAUACAAGCCGGCCCAGGCUGCGGCCCGCGCUCCCGCCCGCGGAGGGGCUCCUGGGGAGGAAAAGCAGGCCCAGCUGGUUCCUCCCGGCCAACUUUUCUUCCCGGGGAGCCCCGCCAGCCCUCCCGCCCACGGCACGUGCUGAUGGACGGGCGGGGGCGGCGGGCGCGCUCCCGCCUCCCCGCGGGCCCCCGCCGCGCGCGCGCCCGGCUGCAGUGAUUGGAAUCCGGCUCGUUCCCGCCCCGCCCCGCAGGGACGCGCCGGGAGCGCCUGCCGGGACACGGAGCCUGCGCCGAGCCCGCUCCGCGCCGUCCCGCCCUCCCCCGCCCGACACGCACCCGCCUUCGCCCCCGUCUCAGCGGAGCCGUCGGGGCCCCGGGAACGGCCCGCGGAGCGCGGCGGGGAGCGGGCCCCCUCCCCCUUCGCCUGCCGUCCCCGCGCGGAGGAUGAGGAGCCCCCACCGCCGAUCAGUAGAAAUAUGCAUUUCCAUAAUACCACAUUUGAACUAAUGAAGUGGAAGUACAGAUGAAAACAGUCUGGAGGAAGCUUGAAGUACAAUACAGUUUCAUUCAGCUUCCUAAUUCGGAGGAAACAAAGGUGGAAAAGCCACAGAAGCAUCCUUGCAGUCAAGCACCCAAUCCUGUAUUAGGCUUCACUGAACAGACUGAGCUUAGCAUUUGUCAAGCAGAAGGGCUGGUCGCCCUGCACAGGAAGGAUUAAAAGUGAACAAUGACUCGAUUGAGAGUUCAUGAGCAAUUGCUUGGAGCCUAUCUGCUUAUCAUUCUCCAUGUUCAAGGUCAAAAGCCAGACAGCAUGCUUCAUGGUACAGGAAUGAAGACAAAUUCUGACCAAAAGAAACAAGCAAAUGGAGUAACACUUGCUCCAGAGGACACCUUACCUUUUCUUAAAUGCUACUGCUCAGGACAUUGUCCAGAUGAUGCUAUUAACAACACAUGCAUAACUAAUGGGCAUUGCUUUGCUAUCAUUGAGGAGGAUGAACAUGGAGAACCCACGCUUGCUUCUGGCUGCAUGAAGUAUGAAGGUUCAGACUUCCAGUGCAAGGACUCGCCUAAAGCACAGUUGCGCCGAACGAUUGAGUGCUGUCGCACUGAUUUCUGCAAUCAGGAUUUGCAACCAACAUUACCACCUCUUGAUAGUACAGAUGGACUUUUUGAUGGCAGCAUUCGUUGGAUGGCAGUGUUGAUUUCUAUGGCAGUCUGCAUAAUUGUCAUGGUCAUCUUACUUAGCUGCUUUUGUUACAAGCAUUACUGUAAGUCGAUGGCAAAGAGGCACUGUUAUAAUCGUGACCUGGAACAAGAUGAAGCAUUUAUUCCAGCUGGGGAGUCAUUAAAAGACCUUAUUGACCAGUCACAGAGUUCUGGGAGUGGAUCAGGGCUACCACUGUUGGUUCAGCGCACUAUUGCCAAACAAAUUCAGAUGGUGAGGCAAGUUGGAAAAGGACGAUAUGGUGAAGUGUGGAUGGGCAAAUGGAGGGGUGAAAAAGUGGCAGUCAAAGUGUUUUUCACCACAGAAGAAGCCAGCUGGUUCAGAGAAACAGAGAUUUACCAAACUGUUCUCAUGCGACAUGAAAACAUCCUCGGUUUCAUAGCAGCAGAUAUUAAAGGCACUGGCUCCUGGACACAGCUUUACUUGAUCACGGAUUAUCAUGAAAACGGAUCAUUGUACGAUUUUCUGAAGUGCACUACUCUGGACAACAGGGCUCUGCUCAAACUGGCCUAUUCUGCUGCAUGUGGCCUGUGCCACCUGCACACAGAAAUCUAUGGGACACAAGGCAAGCCUGCAAUUGCACACAGGGACCUGAAGAGUAAAAACAUCUUGAUAAAGAAAAAUGGAACCUGCUGCAUUGCAGACUUGGGUCUUGCAGUCAAGUUUAACAGUGACACAAAUGAAGUUGACGUUCCCUUGAACACCAGAGUGGGAACAAAACGUUACAUGGCUCCAGAAGUCCUGGAUGAAAGCCUGAAUAAAAACCAUUUCCAGCCAUACAUCAUGGCUGACAUCUACAGUUUUGGGCUGAUCAUCUGGGAAAUGGCUCGGCGCUGUGUCACAGGAGGUAUUGUUGAAGAGUACCAGUUGCCAUAUUAUGACAUGGUGCCAAAUGAUCCAUCCUAUGAGGACAUGAGGGAAGUGGUGUGUGUCAAACGCCUGCGCCCAGUGGUGUCGAACAGAUGGAACAGUGAUGAAUGUUUAAGAGCAAUAUUGAAGUUGAUGUCUGAGUGCUGGGCUCAUAAUCCUGCCUCAAGGCUCACUGCCUUGAGGAUCAAGAAGACACUUGCCAAGAUGGUGGAAUCACAAGAUGUAAAGAUUUGACAUAGGAAAUUGACUUUGGAGAGCAAAGCUGGACUCCCUAGAUCUUUUCACUCAAAUGUGGGUGAGGAAGAUAAAAAUAGAGAAGAGGAAAUAACUGAGAUUCAGUAUAUUUUCUCAGCACACUUCUACAGGCUGCUAAUGAAAUCUUUCAGUACUUCAUGGACCAUGAUACUGAGAGCCUCUAUACACUACGUGCUACAUAUAUGGACAGCCUUGAGAAAAUACACGUUUUGUUUUGGUUUGAGCUGCAUUGAGACUUCAAUCAUACUUAGUGAGUCUCCAGUAAAACUCUGGGUACUGAAUUGAAUGUUCAGAUUACAGUGCUUUCUGUGAAAGCCUAACAAGCUAUAUGGAUUCAACAGAGAUGGAGAAUAUAAGCUUUUUUGGUUUUUUUUGUCUUCUACCUGAUAAAACCUAGUCAAUCCAUACCAAGUUUUGGUGAAACAGCCUGUAGGUUAUUAAUCUGUUUGUGAUACUACUCAGUUAAACAGUUCUUUAUGCCUUUAUGUGUGUGCCAGGAUUAUUUUGCUGUCAUUUGGAAUAUAUAAGAAACCAUUUAAAUGAACAAAGUUUUAUGGUCAGGGCUCCAUGCAUUUUGUGACUCCACAAUCAGAGAUUUGCUACUGAAUCUUUUGCCAUUAAGUUAUCUUCAGAAAUCUCAGUUUUAAUUUCUUUGUCUUUUAUUUGGUCACAAGGAGAACUGCAAAAAUGUGAACCAUUAAUUAAUUAAGAAAUGCCUACCUAAAUCUGUAAGGAGCUUGAAACAAUCCCUUCUAGAGAUGUAGGCUGCUUUGGUCAUCUCACUUGCAGUCUAGAGAGAACUUCAUAAUUGGAUCCCUGAAAUUUGUCAUAUUUUUUUCACAGUGCCACAUGCAACCAGCAUUUUUGCCAUAGAAUACUUUACAUCUUAGCAGAAAGACUGAUGGUGAUGUGUGUUGCCUUCCUGCUGUAUAUUGGGACUCUGAUAGGUGUCUGUCAGGCUUUGAAUUUCUUCCCACAAAGGAAGGGAUUUGUCAGCUGUACCAUGUGCUCUUUCAUCAUUUGACAAAACUAGGCAGAAGGUGAGUUUUGAAAGGCUUGAGAACAAGUCUGGUGUACAGACACAAAAGAGGAAAGGCAGGAAGCUCUGGGUGCUCUGAAGAUCAGAGAAUGCAGUAAAGGGUCAAGACCAGGAGAAGUGAGUGAGAACUGUUGAAGAUCAGAUCCACAGCGUGCAGAAGAUUUGGAGCUGGGUUGCUCUGAUGUAGACACAGGAGGCCACAUCUGUGGGCCACUUAGUGGAAGUGAAGAUUUGAGACAAGGUAAAUCAGUGGGUGUUUUAAGUUUUAGUUAAGUUUGGGAGGAAUGGCAUUGAAAUUAAGUCAUGAAGAUACAGUAAGUUAGCACAAUUGUAAAACUUGGUUUUAUUGUGCCAACUGUUGGACCUGCACGAGAAACUGAAGUUCCCCCAUUUUCACCACUGACCCACACAAGGUGUAUAGAAGCCAGAACCCUCCAUGAGGUUACUGUAAAGUAGAACUAUUGAUUUAUAACUCCUUUGGCACUUCUUCUUGGAAGUUAGAAAAUAGUACCAUAACUCAAGUUGAAGCUUCAAAGCAUGAAUCAUCUGAAGAUUGAACACACAGUAUUGGAACCAUUGAAUCUAUUUGAUAAUUUUAAGUGCCUAUAAUUUUGUACUGUAAAUCUUGUUCUAGAUAACUUUAAAAAGGGAAGUUAUUUAUACAGUGUGUUUUGUGCUUUAGUAAAACAAAAUACAAUAAAUACCUAGUCCUAAGUACAUCUGUACAAUUAGAUAUAUGCACACACACAUGCCAUAGUUGAGAUUUGAAGAAAAAAGUUAAGAAUAAUACCAGAACUGAUGAAAUUGUUAAAACUUCAGAUUGAUUUAUGCCAGAUUAUUUGUUGUCUUAAAAUAUUUACAUAGAGAUUGUUUUGAUGUGUUUAAAUUUCCCUUGAAAAUACAACUGAUACAAAGCAAUGUAACACAGAAGUAAUGUGAUUUGUGAACAAUUACAACCUUUUAGCAUGUUACCUUUUUGUUUUAAUCCUGUAGAUCCCAUAAUGUAAAUGGUCAGGCAAAAGAUUGCAGUAUUUUUAUUUUCUAUUGUGAUGUACAGACUUUAUUUAACAGUUCUACAUAUUUUAUAGAAAACUAGCUAUUUCAAGGGACUUUUUUUUUAAUAAAGUCAUUACUUUUGUUUAGUAAUGCCUUUAAGUAUUAAUAUGUAUUCUGGCUGAGAAGUUCAUAGGUAUGUCAACUUUAACUUAUUUGAAAACAGCAGGAGAAUUACGAUAUUGUGCCACAAUCCUCAUGAUAAAGGGCUUUUAAAAAAAAGUUUCUCCGUCCAUUGCCAAGAAAUUUAUGAUGAUUUUGAAAUUGUUAAUCAUGUCUUCGCACAUAAUUUUUGCACAGGUAGUUGGAAAAUUUUUGGUAUAAGCCAAAAAAAGUAAGGGAUAAGCUUUUUUUUUCCUUCUCUAGAAUUUUUAUCAAUAAGAAGGAAAAAAUGUUUAUGUAGGUACCCUGCUAGCUUAAACUUUCAGAGCAUGGAGAUCUGUCUAAAUUAACCCCAUCCUAUGUAGAAUAUUUUGUCAUUUCUUCUAGAAUUUGCCACAUCAUCAUUAACUGUAAACAUGCUUUGUGAAUUUUUUUUUUAAGUUCAUUUUUCCCAGCUCUUCAGGAAGCACCUUCUGGAAGUAUGAAUUUCAAUAAUAUGCAAAUUUUCACUUAUUUUCUUUUCCAUUGUUUGGGUAUUUGCAAGGCAGCAAUAGCAUGGUUAGACACCUUAGGACCUAAAUUAAUUUUCAAGUUGCUUUAACAUAGAGAGAGCCAACUGCUGCAAAGAUGGUUUUUUGAGAGGGGAAAAAAAAAUCUUUUUUGCCUUAAACCUAAUUUAUCAGCACUUCAUUUACUCUGUUCAUACUCAAGUGUAUCAUGCAUGUGUAGUUUUUGCUGUGCUGAACAGCAGCUUCCUUGAUUCUGAUACUCAACAAAACAUUAACACUAAAGGAUGUCUAUAUUGAUACUUAAUCAUUUGGGGGGAAAAAAUGUGCUUGAAGCCAGCCCAUUAAUUUUUACUUAACUAAGCAUAAUUAAGACUCCGAAGGUAAGUUGUUGCUUUAUGCAAUCCUGUAGUGUUCAGAAGCCUUUAAGGUCAGAGAGGGUAAUAAGGUUCUUCUGUUGGACUGUAAUUAACUCAUUUUUGGUGGUCAAAAUUUUAAGCAUUUGUCAUUCAAAAAAAAUCCUCCAAAACUGGCAAAUGUGGGGGUUGUUUUUUUGCUUUGUUUUUUUUUUAAUACAAAAAUCAGCUGUGUGGAAAAUACCUUGGGGAGUAUCAAGACUGUGCCUUGGAAGUUCUUAAAUACUCAUAUGGAGGGAUUUUUAUGUUUAUUGAACCUGUUCCAUGUGAUUUUAGAUGGAAAUAAUUGGAGUCACUUCAUUCUUAUUAUUACAGCAACUAAAAGCAAAGUUUUUGUGUUCCUGGUUAACUUGCAAAUUCCACCAGGAAUGUGGUAUUCCUAUAGAGAAAAUUAGGCUUACAUUCUGAGUUUAUUCUGAAUUUUACUUAAUGUAAUUUUUCCUAAAGAAACAGUUUUCCCAAUAUCCAUCACUUUUUCUGAAUUAUUUUCUUAAUUAGCCUUCUUUGAGGUCUUGAAUGAAAUGUAAAAUUAAUAUUUUAAGUUACCUCCAUAGUAGUAUAGAAUCAAAUUUUAGAUCUUGAUCUAAAUGACCAUUUGAAUGUGUUUAUAAAACAAAUCAUUUGGAUACAUUUCAUCUACUCUGUCUUAACAGACUGUAUUUUAAUUGUCUAAAAGUGUUUGAAGAGCAGAGAUAUAAAGUUAAUAAACAUUCUUUUGCUAUUGCAGAUAUUUUUAAAGGGAAGUUACAUGCCUGUCUUCUGUGAAAUAUUAGAAUGAUUUAGCCUUUGCUCACUCUCCUGACAGUGCCUCUGAGUUAAGUCUUUAUCCUGUGCCCACCGACUUUAUUCCAAGUAGGGGUGAUGUCUAAAAGCAGCUGGCAGUGUUGCACAGUACAGUACUUAUGGAACCAUGGUGCUCAGCCUUGGUUGAACAGCGGAAGUAGAGGGCACAUUACUUCUGUUUUUUUUCUACAAAUCUAAUGUAAUUGUUGCUUUGUGAUAUUUUCCUGUUUAAUGCAAUUCUAGAAGCCCACAUCAUGUAGUGAUAUUUGUGCUCUGACAUGACAUGCCCAAAAUGAAAUGUACUAUAUUGUAUACAAGAAGAAUAAAUAACAUUGUAGCUAACCUAGAGAAGAUGUAAAUAAAAUAUGAAAGAAGAGUGGAACAAGACAAAUGGUCACACUCUUGUGUGUGUUAUAUGCCAGAAGUGUAGAAUACUACUUUAAAAAUGUAACACACUAAUGUAUUUUGUACAGCAUCUGCUUUAGAAGGUGCCUUAUUGAGUUUACCAUGAAUUGCUUGUUCUGUACACAGAUUAUGUCCAAUGUAUCAUUUUUAAGUAAAUAACCUUAUUUUAGUACACAUUAGUAAUGUGUUUUGUUACUAUAAGAUUUUGCCUUAAAGAUGUAAUAACUUGGAAAUCCUAAUACUGUAACUAAAUAAUUCCCUACUUUUUCAUACCUCAUUGAUGGCUUUUUUACCCCACAGUAAGUUGUUAAUUACUGCUUUUAUUGUUCAAUGAUAUUGAAAAUUAUUUGGUGCUCUCUAAGUUCAAGCUCUUUAUUCCUUGCACAAUAUUUAAAUUUGGGUGCAACAGUAAAAAACAGUGUUUCCUUCUCCUGAUUUUUAUCCCUGUGUUAUGGCAAAGCCAAAGGCAAAUCAAAAUCAAGUAAUACUUCUGUUUGAACAUAUGCAGGUUCCCUACAUGUUGGUUUUAUCCGUAUAAAUUUGCCUCAAGCUUACCAGGUAAAAACAGAAAAAAUAAAGGGAUGGGGAAUUUUGUAA